AUGGAAACAAGAUUCAAACAUAGUUAUUGCCCAAAUUAUUUUUCCUUAGAAGACAUUCUAGCUACCCAAGAAAGAGUAUUAUGUAAAGUGGAAAAGUCUGUGCAUGGACUGGGUUGCUUGGAUCAAUCAACAGAAAAUGAAGAUCUUGUUGUGGGUACAACUCUUCAGCUCCCAUUCUGGCUAGCCUUCCCACUAAGUCAAACAAGAGUACGUGUUGUUAGUGUGGAACUCCCAAAAAUUUAUAAGGAAGCAUUCCGCGAAGUUUUGACUGCCGAUGCCAGCAUUGUAGAUCUUUCCAAACUUGGUCGGUAUUUUUACGAAUUUGGCUCUCAUCUUACAAAGUUGAAUCACCGUGAUUCAUCAGCUAUCAACACAAUGCUGAUGAAUGCCUUCAAAGAUCGAUUGCGUGUGCUCAUUGACUGGGCACAGAAUUUGUGUACAGAUAUAUCCAAAGUUCAGCGACUUGACACAUUAGAAAAAGAAUUGUAUCUCGAAGGUUUCAAGGCUAGGAAGGAGCUUAUUGCAUGGCUUAGUGAGGGUAGCAGCAAGAUGUGUGCAUCAGAAAUGGUUGUGAAUCAUAAAAAGAGGAAACGUGCAGUUGUAGACAUUUAA